AUGAAAGCCGUCAUCUACACUGGCGACAGCAAGAUCGCAGUCGAAGAUCGCCCAAGACCAGUCAUUUCGGAACCCACCGACGCUAUCGUCAAGGUUCUUCAUACCACCAUAUGCGGGACAGACCUGCAUAUUCUUCAAGGCCACGUCCCGUCAUGUACUCCAGGCCGCAUCCUCGGCCAUGAAGGAGUCGGCUACGUAGAAUCUCUCGGAGCAGCUGUUACGAACUUCACCGUCGGUCAAAAGGUGCUCAUCUCCUGCAUCACCAGCUGCGGGACCUGUCAUUACUGCCGCAGGAAGAUGCCGUCUCAAUGCGAGUCCGGUGGUUGGAUUCUCGGAAAUAGGAUUGACGGCACCCAGGCCGAGUACGUCCGCAUUCCUCAUGCCCCGUUUUCGCUGCAUGCGUUGCCGGAGAGCAUCGACCAGAAAGUCGCGGUUACUCUGUCUGAUACUGUUCCGACUUCUUAUGAAUGUGGGAUCCUGAAUGGUGACAUUCAACCCGGAUCUACCGUCGCGAUCAUUGGGACAGGCCCGAUUGGGUUGAUGAUCCUCCAGAUGGCGAGGAAUCUGUUCGGUCCAUCGAUGACGGUGGUAGUGGGGAGGGGCAGUCCCAGACUCGAGACGGCCAAGUCCAUGGGCGCUGAUCAUACAUUCAGUGUCCUCGAUGGACUGGAUGCUGUGAUGUCUUCAGCUCUAGCGGUGACCAAGGAGCGAGGCUUCGAUGUGGUUAUUGAAGCAGUGGGGACGGUUGAGUCUUUCGAGAUCGCGCAAGCUCUGGUAGGCGCUGGGGGGACCAUAGCCAGUCUGGGUGUCUUCGGCGAGUCGUGCGAGCUGCAUUUGGAAAAGCUGUGGAAUCGCAAUAUAUGUUUGAGGACUCGGCUUAUUGACGCUGUUAGUACUCCCGAUCUACUUAAGAUGGUUGAGGCCGGUGGCAUCGAUCCUCAUUUUCUGGUCUCGCACAGUUUUGCGUUUGAUGAUAUUCACAAUGCCUACGAAGCAUUCGAGGCAUCCUCCAAGCAUGGCGCCCUAAAGGUGGUAGUCACCAUGCCUGAGCUUAAUAUGAAUGGUUUUUCAUAG